CUUUACUUACUGUGACAUCGCCUCAUUCCUUUCACCUCUGGAAAUCAGACUCUUGUGUCUACGGGGUGGCCUUCGGCCGAUUGGAUAGUAUAUCGUCGCAUUCCUAGCCGUUUGCCAAUCACCAGGAUUUACUACUAUUCUUCUAUUUCUCCUCUUCCCUCUUCUUAUCCUUUUUUCAUUCCUUCUCUUUUUCUUGUAACAUAGCUACAACCGUCAUUUCUCUGCCCGUGUCCGGUAACUAAUUCAUCCCGUCCGAAAUGGUAUCCUCCGAGCCUGCCGCCAGUAAUGGCAGCAAAGAUGAGAAGGAUAUCGGCCUUCCGAGCUACUCGAGCCCGGAUGUCGAUGGGGGAGAGGGUGUAGUAAGAGCUGAUAAGUGGGCGACACGAAAUGGUCUGAACCUCGAAUCCUUCAAGAAACGUGACUAUGGCGCUGGUAUUGUCGAGCUCGACCGGAGCAUGAAACCGAGGCAUUUGCACAUGAUUGCUAUUGGAGGUUCCAUCGGUGCUGGUUUCUUCGUCGGUUCGGGUAGUGCUUUAGCUACAGGUGGCCCUGCUACUCUAUUGAUCGAUUUCUUCAUCAUCGGUGUGAUGAUGUUUAAUGUCGUCUACGCUCUUGGUGAACUGGCUGUCAUGUUUCCUAUCUCUGGUGGUUUCUAUACAUAUGCGACUCGCUUCAUUGACCCUGCCUGGGGUUUUGCCAUGGGAUGGAAUUACGUCUUGCAAUGGGCUGUCGUCGUUCCGCUAGAACUCACUGUUUGCGCCAUCUCGAUCGGUUAUUGGAACUCGGAAAUUAGUCCUGGCGUUUGGAUUACCAUCUUCUACGUCUUCCUCAUUAUCGUGAACAUUUUCGGAACUAUUGGUUACGCCGAGGAAGAGUUUUGGGCUUCCCUCCUAAAGCUCACUGCCACCGUCGUCUUCAUGUUCAUUUCGCUCGUUUGCGUCCUUGGAGGUGGCCCCGAGGGAAGCCGUUAUGACAAUUACUACGGCGCGCGCCUCUGGUACGAACCCGGUGCAUUCCGAAACGGUUUCCGCGGUUUCUGUGCUGUAUUCGUCACGGCUGCCUUCUCGUUCAGCGGAACUGAGCUGGUUGGUCUCGCUGCUGCCGAGUCUCGCAACCCCGCAAAAGCCCUUCCCGGCGCUAUCAAGCAGGUCUUCUGGCGUAUCACUCUUUUCUAUAUCCUCGGUCUCACUUUCGUUGGUCUUCUAGUACCUAGCGACGACCCCCAUCUGCUCAACGCGAGCUCCAGCGAUGUUACGGCGUCGCCUUUCGUGUUGGUUGGACAAUACGCGAACCUGAACGGUUUCAACCACUUCAUGAAUUUUAUUAUCUUGGUUUCAGUCGUGUCCAUCAGUGUAUCUGGUGUUUAUGGUGGAAGCCGUACUUUGACCGCCCUUGCCCAGCAGGGCUACGCCCCUAAGAUUUUCACGUACGUCGACCGUGGCGGCCGUCCUACCUUCUCUGUUGGUGCCCUCCUCGCCUUCGGUCUUCUUGCAUACAUCAACUUAGCCGCCGCCGGCCCCGAUAUCUUCACCUGGUUACAGGCUUUGUCUGGUCUUGCUGCUCUCUUCACCUGGGGCUCUAUCUGUCUGGCGCAUAUCCGAUUCCGUAAGGCUUGGGCAUACCACGGACACACUUUGGAUGAAAUUCCAUUCAAGGCGAUUGGCGGUAUCUGGGGAUCAUGGCUCGGACUUAUCCUGGUUGUUCUCGUAUUAAUCGCUCAGUUCUAUGUCGCUAUCUGCCCUCCUAAAGGUGGCUUCAAUGAUGCUGCAGGAUUCUUCGAGACCUAUCUCGCCCUUCCCGUCGUGAUUUUAUUCUGGGUUAUUGGUUAUAUAUGGAAGCGUACUGGUUGGUUGCGCACACACCAGAUUGACAUCGAUACUGGACGACGUGAGGUCGACUGGCCCGAAAUCAACGCGUAUCGCGAGAAGCUUGCCGCCAUGCCUGCGUGGAGGCGUAUACUAAACAUCGUAUUCUAA